AGGACGGCCUGCAGCAGAAAGCUAGUCACAUCGGGCAUCAGAUCCUGUCCUGCAACGAAUUUCAGUGCAACGAAAUGCAAGUAAAUACUGCGACGCAAUAGGGAAAUACCCAAAUUAUCCUGUGAUAAACGAAAGCAUGGCGCCCAAGUAGAACAUUCCACUAGCGCCCGACAGCAAGCCAACAAGCUCCAGCUCCUGUUUCUCUCUCAAUCUAUUUCCACUUCGAAUCCGGUAAACUCGACCGCGAAUCCAGGAUGACGGAGCAGAAGAACCAGGUGACGCGCGCUGCUCCUGAGCAGAGCAAUGACUAUCGAGUGGUGGUCUUCGGAGCCGGUGGUGUCGGCAAGAGCUCGCUGGUGCUGCGCUUCAUAAAGGGCACCUUUCGCGAGAGCUACAUCCCGACUAUCGAGGACACCUAUAGACAGGUUAUCAGCUGCAACAAGAAUAUCUGCACGCUGCAAAUCACGGACACCACUGGAUCACAUCAGUUCCCGGCUAUGCAGAGGUUGUCCAUCUCGAAGGGACACGCCUUUAUCCUUGUCUACUCGGUGUGCUCUAAGCAGAGUUUAGAGGAGCUUCGACCCAUUUGGGCGCUGAUCAAGGAGCUAAAGGGAGCCGACAUCCCGAACAUCCCCGUCAUGCUGGUGGGCAACAAGUGCGACGAGACCGCUGAGUUGCGUGAGGUCUCCCAGGCCGAGGGCCAAGCUCAGGCGACAACCUGGAGCAUAUCCUUCAUGGAGACAUCAGCCAAGACGAACCACAAUGUGACCGAGCUGUUCCAGGAACUGCUGAAUAUGGAGAAGACGCGCACCGUAUCCCUGCAACUGGACACCAAGAAGCAGAAGAAACAGAAGAAGGAGAAAAAGUCCAAGGACACAAACGGCACGAUUCCGGAGAACGGAGAUGCGGGAGCCAGUGCCAGCGGUGGGGCCAAGGAGAAGUGUCGCGUUAUGUAAGCAUCGGAUUGCAAGAUGGCAAAUGGCAUGUGACCCGGGUCACAUUGCGUCGAGCUGAAGUGAAGACGGAGACGGUGACAGACAAAUACUCGCCUUGGGGCAGCAGCGUGGGUUGGGUGGUGGUUGGGCUUUCGUUUAGGUAUCACAACCCAGCCACCCAACCACUCAACCACCCAUCCACCCACACGAGCCACGCACCACACACAUCCACUUACCCACAUAUAGAGUUACAUUCCAUAACGAGACACUUGUAUUUAGGAACUGAUGUAAGUCACACAACACGAUUGCAACUACGAUUACGAGUACAUAUAUAUUUUGCAUAGGUUAUAUUCGAGCAGAUCAGAUCUUUCUAGUCGCACAGAGUACACGAUACCAGAUACGAUACUAUACUACUAAACACACCACGAAAGCUAACCCUAAGUUUACACAUAAUCGCAUCUGAAACGUAACGGCAUACAUAUCAAAUGUUUACAUACAUACUUGCAUGAGAUCCACCAACCCAUUCAUAAACAGGUAUCAAAAGAUAGCUAUACACUAUAUCUCUAACGAAAGCCAAAGUACCUACUUAAAGACAUAGAAUCUGUAUCUACUACAAUAUGAUAACAAUAUUUACAUGGAUCCAUCAACGGAAGACUUCUCCAUGGUCGUCAUGGAGACCAUAGUGGGGCAUCAGGGUUCGAACCGGUAAUGAGAACCGAUGCCUCCCCUGACUAUCAUUGAUGUUUAACUAUUUACCACCUAAACAGAAUAAUACAGAUUUGGACGUUGCCCCGAUCGCCACAAAAGCUAAUGUAUAAAAUACUCAUGGCCAACAACACACAAAAGUCCCAAAAAGGAAAAACAUAAACAAAUUCGAGAUGGCAUUGUGUUUUUGUAUUAUAUUAAAUGUGUAUGUACAAUUUUACACUUAUUUGCUGAAAUUUAUUAACGAAAGCAAAAGCAUUUUAAUAUGUAGCAACAAAACCGGAAACUAUAAAGAUCAGAUCAUAGAGUUAGCCUAAGUCAGAAUCAUGUUUAAGUACAAUUGCAUUCACAUUCAUUAAGUGAGCCAAGGAACACGUACAUCGAAGGAUAUUUGAAGAGCAUUUGGUGCAUUUUUGCAGUAGCAUAGAUGGGAUAUAAGUUGCCUGUUUUUAAAACACUUAUGUAUCGUACAUAUGUAUAACCUAACAUAAACCGUUCCCAAUUGUGGUAUUCGUUAAUUUUAAUAGUUGGUUGGCUUGUGGGUAGGCGUAGGAGUUGAACAAAUUGUUUCGCAUAGUUUGCUGUUGUUUGAUAUUAAGAGGAUUAGUUUUUUAAAUUUUACCAAUCAGACUAAGUGAAUGAUAUGCUUUAAUAGCUGCUAAACCAAUUAGCCAAAAGAGGAGCAAGUAAUUACAUUAAUUAUGAUGUUGCUCAUCAAAACUGGUAUCUUUAGCUGCUGGUCCGCGGUCCAGCAGUGCCGGACAAAUAAGUAGAACAGCCCAGCCAACAUAAAUCAAGAAGUGAAAAUUACACACUAGAUUUAAAAUAAAUUGUUGAAUUCGAGUAGAAAAAAUUAUUAAUCAAGAUUAUGAUAGCGGACCAAUUUGCGUAUAAGAUUUGUGAAAUCAAUUUAGAUAAAUUCUCUCGGUUUGCCAUAGACAUUGGACGAUUACGAUUACGAUACACCAGCCUUAGUUGAGAAUCAUAGGUAGCCUGCCUAUACUUUGGGUUCUGCUUCGUGUUUUUCUAGUUUUAGGUACAUUUAAUUAUAGACAGCAAACUGGGUUAUGGCUAUUCAGUAUGUGCCGUGUAAUGGAGAUAACAUUUUCCAUACAGUACAUUUCACUAUUGCGUAAAUUAUUUAGUUGCAAAAAAUUUAUAAUAACAAUGAAUUGUAAUUAAAGCAUAAUACAUUUUAGGUGCAUGAUUUAAAAUACAACGAAUAAAUAUAUUUACACCGAAA